CGCCGGUCUGCAAGGUCCUCUGCGCGCUGCAGCCGCGAGCUGCCGCCACCGCCGGAUCGCUGCGUGGGCCAGGGUCCUCUCCCCGCUCGGCCACUCCGGCCACUGGGAAUUCUCUCCUCGGGACGCGCGGGUGCUCGGCGGCGCUGCCCAUGGCCCGCUCGGAGAACCGAUUUAGGGAGCCCGACGGGCUGGACGGAGGAGCUGCUCAGUAACUGGUCACCAGAUAUAUCCAUGUUCCACUGAUCGGGAGGCAUCCCUGCUGCUGCGCUUCAUGACCCAGGGACGUGUGACCCAGUGAAGUGUCCAUGGUGUCCAGCAUGGCCGUGGUGCUCCUGGGCGCCGUGCUGCUGGUGGCCCACCCCCAGCUCGUGCCUUCCCACCCGGCCGCACCGGGACCCGGGUCUGGGUCUGGCCAGCAGGAGCUUCUCCGGAAGGCGGAUACCCUCCCCGAGGACCUCAGAGAAGCGUCAGCAGCCAAUGGCUCCUCACAGCAGCUGCCACAGACCAUCAUCAUCGGGGUGCGCAAGGGUGGUACCCGUGCGCUGCUGGAGAUGCUCAGCCUGCAUCCCGACGUGGCGGCCGCGGAGAACGAGGUCCACUUCUUCGACUGGGAGGAGCAUUAUAGCCAAGGCCUGGGCUGGUACCUCAGCCAGAUGCCAUUCUCUGCCCCGCACCAGCUCACGGUGGAGAAGACCCCCGCCUACUUCACUUCGCCCAAAGUGCCUGAGAGAAUCCACCGCAUGAACCCGUCCAUCCGCCUGCUGCUCAUCCUGCGGGACCCGUCUGAGCGCGUGCUGUCUGACUACACCCAGGUGUUGUACAACCACCUGCAGAAGCGCAAGCCCUAUCCGCCCAUCGAGGAGCUCCUGGUGCGCGAUGGCCGGCUCAACGUGGACUACAAGGCCCUCAACCGCAGCCUGUACCACGCGCACAUGCAGAACUGGCUGCGCUUCUUCCCGCUGCGCCACGUCCACAUCGUGGACGGUGACCGCCUCAUCAGGGACCCUUUUCCCGAGAUCCAGAAGGUGGAGAGGUUCCUGAAGCUGUCGCCGCAGAUCAACGCCUCGAACUUCUACUUUAACAAAACCAAGGGCUUCUACUGCCUGCGGGACAGCGGCCGGGACCGCUGCUUGCACGAGUCCAAAGGCCGGGCGCACCCCCAAGUCGAUCCCAAACUGCUGAACAAACUGCACGAAUACUUUCACGAGCCAAAUAAGAAAUUCUUCGAGCUCGUGGGCAGAACAUUUGACUGGCACUGAUUCACUAUCAGCUAGGCUCGGAACUUAUCUGUUGUAACUUCUGGUGUACAUCUGAGGGGGGAUAAAGAGUUUUCAAAGGGCAUUUAAGCUAUAAUUUAUUUGUAAAAAAAAAUCCAUAAAUUACUUCUGUACAGUAUUAAAUCCACAAUUGCCAUAUAUACUAGUUCUAUUUUUCUACUUGUUAAAUGGAGGGCGUUUUGUAUUGUUUUUUCAUGGUUGAUAACAUUGUGUAAUACGUCUCUAUAAUAUGAAGGAACUAAACUAUUUCACUGAAAAAAAAAGAUUUUU